ACGCUCGCCAUCACUUACCCGACAUUGAAGUGUUCAUCCGAAAACCUGUCUAAAACUCGCUUCUGUGUUAUAUCGUACUUGUCGAAGCAAAGUCCGGAACCAGAAUAAAGCAUAAUACGUCACCGUUCCUGUAGCGGGACAGGUUUGGCAUGAGAUUGCGCGUGCGCAUGCGCCUCCGUCCGUGAAGACGUGCGCGAGAGACGGCGACCUCUUCGCGCUUGCGCCUGUUCUAUUUGUGUUCGCCUUCGUCACUCGGUACGCCUUCAGUCAGUCGAAAAGCUCAGCCGGCCGCCCAGCGCGUCUUUGCCGCCGCACUAAAUUUCUAGUUGCACGCGCGCCGCGGGCGGCCAGUGCGAGCCAUGGCUGCCCAACCUCCGCGUCCGCCCCCCAACAAUUUACUCUUUAGCGGACCCCCACCCUCUUUACCUCGAGUAGUUUUAGUGCCAAGUGAUAUUUCGAAGGACUAUAUUACACCUGACACUGCAUUAGACCUAGAAGUUGUCCUUGACCAGAAAAACGAUGCGAAUAACUUGGAUGAAAUAAACAACGUGGGUGUGCCUACAUAUGAUGAACUGUUUAGUGAUAAAGUAGAAAAACACGUGCUUGAAAAUAUUCCUUUUGAGGAUCAACAAUACAAUAAUAGCUAUUUUUUACGUCGGACUCGCAGUUUUGACAUUUCAGAUAUGUAUGUGACAAGCAAUGAAAAUGAAGUAGACGGCCAGGUUUUUAGACAUCGGCGUUCUGAGCCUGAUUUAUCAAAAUACGGGUUAUUUGUUGAAGCUGAAAUCUCCGUGCAACCCUUACAACCACCACCUCUUGUUUUAAACAAUCCUUUUUAUGAUGGUUCUUAUGCUUUAACAUCGAAUGACUUCAAUGAAAAUAUGAUUAUGCUACCCGAAAGUUACUUAGCGUUUGAGGAUUCUUUCGUGCCAUCCUGGGAUUAUAAACCAGAAUUUCUUGGAAACCAAGAAAUAAACCCUGCAUUAUAUUAUGAUGGACUCCCACUGAUUCCGCCUAAUGAUCCAUGGUCUACACAGGGGAAUACUAACACUGCGUUCGAAUAUUACUCACCUCAGUUUGAAAUACCGACGGAAGAGGGUGCUCAGUAUAUGCGUUUAAAUGAAUAUGCCAUACCUCAAUACAAGAGUCUUCCGAUGAUUGAGCAAGCGCCAAUAACUUCCUCCUCCGAUAAGUCAAAUAAAACAGCGUCGGAAAAGGAAAACAAUUUAAAGAAUUCUCAUAAUACGGCACAAAUAAAUUUAAAUCCAUCCGAAUCUUCUCUGGUUUUAAGAGAUAAUAUUUUGAACGAAGAGGAAAAAAUUAGUGCUGUUGAAUCUACUGUUAACAGAGAGUCAUCUCAAAGUGAAGAAUCUUUAAAUGCUGAUAUUUCUAAUGACGUCACAUCUAGUUUAGCAUUUAUGCCUAGUAGUAAAAGUUCACAAAGACCUUGUGGAACAGAUGACACAAGUGAUGACACUUCUCCGUGUUCAACUGACUAUCACGAAGCUUCCGCGCUCGAUUUAGCUCAAAGUUUAGAUGAACUUUCUUGUUGUGAUAGCACGGAUUUUUCUCAAAGUAGAGAUGAACCAUCCCCGGUAAACGACAGUGUAACGAAUGAAAUCAAACCCGAUAAAAAACAAAUCAAUGGGCCAUGUACUUUAGAAUCUAAUAAACCAUUGACAAACCCGCCACAUAGUCAGCUACCUUCCAUUCCAUUUCGAAAUCAAGAACCAACGGAACCUACCUGUGUGCCAAAAAGUUUAACAAUAAAUAAAAACUUAAAUAAAAUUAACUCUUCAACCAACACCGAAGUCGUGAGUGAACAUGUAGCUAGUAUUAGUGUUAAGCCAACACCGAGUGCAACAAAUAUCAAGCAACCUGUGAAUUGUUUGGAUGCAACAAAAUCACCUAACACAGUCAAGCAGCAUCCUCAACCUCCUGCUGUGCCUCCUGCUUGGCUAGCGAAACCACCUAGCGAUAUUCACGGAAAAGCUAAUACAACGCCGGAUGUUCCUCAGAUCUUGAUUCACAAUACGGAAGGAGAAAUGAGGAAGCAUGAUAAAAGUGCCACGUCAGCGAAACAUUCUGUUAUUGUAUAUAAACCAGUUUCGGAACCUCAGCCGUCGUGUUCUUAUGUGCCACCUGUGCCUCCACAACCUUCGCAGCUAAAGCCUGAUAAGCAACCAAAAGAAGUAGAGAGCUCCCGGGCACGCUCCUCCGUCAAGGACGACAAGGACGGACACCUGGUGUACUGGCCCGGAUAUGUCAUGGGAGCGAGAUACAAAAUCAUCGAGACGCUCGGUGAAGGCACCUUCGGCAAGGUGGUCGAGGUGAAGGACUUAGAAAUGGAGCACAGAAUGGCUCUGAAAAUAAUUAAAAACGUUGAGAAGUACAGAGAGGCUGCAAAACUAGAAAUAAACGUUUUAGAAAAGUUAGCUGAUAUUGACCCUGACUGUAAAAACUUAUGUGUGAAAAUGUUAGACUGGUUCGAGUACCACGGACACAUGUGUAUUGCAUUCGAAAUGCUUGGACAAAGUGUAUUUGACUUCCUGAAAGACAAUAACUAUCAACCUUACCCACUGGAGCAAGUGCGUCACAUUUCUUACCAACUCAUAUACAGCGUGCUGUUCCUGCACGACAACAAACUCACGCAUACCGACCUGAAACCAGAAAACAUACUCUUCGUGGACAGCGACUAUGAAGUCGUCAGUGUAUAUAAUAGUUCUAAAAAAAAACAUGACUUACGGCGCGUGAAACGCAGUGACGUGCGACUCAUCGACUUUGGCAGCGCGACCUUCGACCACGAGCACCACAGCACAAUCGUCUCCACCAGGCAUUAUAGGGCGCCGGAGGUCAUAUUAGAGCUGGGUUGGUCACAACCGUGCGACGUGUGGUCGAUAGGUUGUAUAAUGUUCGAGUUGCACCUCGGGAUUACGCUCUUCCAGACACAUGACAACCGCGAGCAUCUCGCCAUGAUGGAGCGCAUCCUCGGACCCAUACCGUACAGAAUGGCACGAAAGACAAGAACAAAAUAUUUCUACCAUGGCAAAUUAGACUGGGACGACAAAUCGUCAGCGGGCCGAUAUGUAAGAGAAAAUUGUAAACCACUUUUGAGGUACCUGCAAAGCAACAGUGAGGAGCACCGGCAGCUUUUCGAGCUGAUAGCGCGCAUGCUGGAGUACGAGCCCUCGCAACGCAUCACGCUGCGAGAAGCGCUCAAGCAUCCCUUCUUCAGUAAGCUGCCGUCGCAGCAGCGUCUUGGAUUCCAGUCUACAAGGCCGUCGUAUCUUAGGCAAUGACCGCGCCAGGUGCAACGGUGAGGGUUCGGGGUCCCGUGAGCGAUCACAUUCGCUCAGCAGGUGAGCCGAGCCGCGCUGGCCGCCGGCCGCUCGCCCUCGCCGACCCUGGCCGCCGCCGGCCGACGCGGCCCGCUGUGGCCGACUCUGGCCGCCGCCGGCUGACGAGACCUGCGGUGGCCGACUCUGGCCGCCGCCGGCCGACCCGCCCCGCGCCGGCCGACACUGGCCGUCGCCCACCGGAGCGCCCGCCCCGUGUGAACGUGUACAUUGUUAAUGAAGUGAUAAGUGAUAUAAUUAUUUUGCAGACAUUGUAAUCUAGGUUAUAUUUUGUUGUGAAUCGGUACUUCUCAAUUUGUAUUUAUAAAUAAUUACUACUUGAAAUAAAGACUGUUGGUCUGAGAGAAAA